AUGGAGGAUCAACUGGCGCAGCUCCUGGCCAACGCUCAGCUUUCCGAACAAGCACCCCGCCAAGCUGCUGAAAUCGAGAUCAAGCGAGCCCAGACAAAUCCUGCCUUCCCCAUCUCGCUUGCUCGCAUCGCCGCCCACUCGUCCAUCGACACGGCCAUCCGACAGUCUGCUCUCAGCACGCUGCGACUGUUUAUCGAGAAGAAUUGGUCUGUCGAGGAGCUGGACGAGGAGCCCCAGAUCCCCAUCUCCGACGAAGCGAGAGAGAUCCUAAAGCAGACCUUGCUGGAGGUGGCUUUGAGCCCCGAGGACGACAGAAAAGUCAAGAUCGCAGCGAGUUAUGCUGUCGGCAAGGUCGCCAUCCACGAUUUUCCCGAGCAAUGGCCCGCCCUUCUGCCCACCAUCCUCGGCGUUAUCCCGACGGGCAACGAUGCCCAGCUCCACGGAGCCUUGAGGGUGCUUAGCGACCUGGUCGACGAAAGCUUGAGCGAGGAUCAAUUCUUCUCCAUGGCCCAAGACAUUGCCAAGGCGCUUACCGAGGUGGCCCUCAACGAGAACCGAAAGCCCAUGCUGCGCGCGCUUGCAAUUUCCGUCUUCCGAGGAUGCUUCGAUUUGAUGAACAUGGUCAAGGACGAGAACAAGGAGGUCAAGUCUUUUGCAGAGGAGCUGCUGACACAGUGGAACCCUUUCUUCAUUGCUGUGCUCAAGGGCCGCCUGCCGGAAGGCGACUCCAGCUCUGGCGCCCAGCCCGAGGCCUGGAAUAGCAUUAUUGCUCUCAAGCUGCAAGUCGUCAAGACUCUCCUUCGGAUUCGCAGAGUCUUUCCCAACCUCCUUCUCCCCCAGAGCACCAUCUUCUUCACCGCGGUGUGGGAAGAGCUCAGCAUUAUGCAAGCCGCUUACGAGCAACUCUACAUCAUUGACGAGGUGCAGUCUCGCCUGGAAGACUCAGAUAACCUCCCCUAUACCCUCGACCUUCUCAUCCUGGAGGAGCUUGACUUCCUGAACCAGUGCUUCCGUGCACCCCCCGUCCAAGCGGAGCUCGACAGCCAUCUGCAGGCCCAUGCCUCUGGCCACGAAGUCCCCUGGAUGAUGGACCUUAUGAAGAUGCUUGUUGGAUAUUCUCGAGUGACUCGCGAGGAGCAGGAGCUCUGGGACUUUGACUGCUCUUUGUACUUGGCAGAGGAAACAUCGGUCACGGCCAACUACACUGCUCGUACUGCUGCCGGUGACCUUCUCAUCAAGCUGGGCGAGUGGUUCAACGAGAAGACGGUCGAUGGUCUGUUUGGAUACACCAAGACUCUCUUCCCGGGCGAGGGCCCCUCGGCAUGGAGAAGCCAGGAGGCGGCGCUCUACUUGUUCGUCAUGCUCGUCAGCGACUUUGAGGAUUUGAGCAAGCCUCUCCCCGACGUUGUCGCCAGCGCAUACCUGGAGCUCGUCGACUUUUCCAUCAACCAGUCCAAGCAGCCACUGUUGCGUGCUCGAGGAUAUCUCGUGGGUGGCAUCAUUGGCCGCUCGCACCAGACCCCGCCCAACCUGGUUGAUCGCAUCGUGCACUCCAUUACCACCGAAGAGUCAGAGGUUGUGCAAGUCGCGUGUAUCAAGGCCAUUGAAGGUCUGAUCAACUCGGGACGUGUGCCCGUUGAUCGCCAAACGCCCAUCAUUGCCUCUAUCCAGGCCUACAUGAACGGCAAGGACCCGGAGGAAAUGGAAGCGGCUGACGAGCUCCUCGUCACCCUGACAGAGACCCUCCGAGCCGCCAUUGGCAUGGACAGCCAGAUUGCCAUCUCUAGCGACAUUCCGUCCGUGGAUCUCCUUUUCCUGCUGGCGAAGCUGGGAGCCAGCAACUUCCAAGUCACAAUGCUGGUCACAGAAGCAUUUGAGGAUAUUGUCGGCAGUCUCUCAGACGCCUCCUCAUAUGCUGCCUUGUGCGCUCGCAUUCUGCCAACACUGACUGGUGCAUUUGACGUGGCCAACCUCACAGAGGACAACCCUCUUGUCACGGUCGCAACAGAGUUGCUGGUCGUUUUGACAGAGCACGCCUCAGAGCCUCUCCCAGAGGGCUUCGUGGCUGCUGCGCUCCCCAAGCUCAACCGUCUGCUCAUGGAAUCGACCGAGGGUGACGUUCUGCGACCUGGAUCGGAGGCAGUCAAGUGGAUUCUGGUGCACGACCACCAGCAGGUCUUUAACUGGCACGACUCCAACGGCCGAUCUGGCUUGGAAGUCUGCCUGCACAUUAUUGACCGGCUCUUGGGUCCUUCCAUUGAAGACAAUGCUGCCUCCGAGGUUGGAGGAUUGGCUGCUGAACUGGUAGAGAAGGCUGGACAGGAACGGUUGGGACCAUUCUUGCCACAGCUUCUGCAGGCUGUUGCUAAUCGACUGGCCACUGCGCAGGCCGCCGCUUUCAUCCAGUCUCUUAUCAUUGUCUUUGCGCGACUGUCCCUGGGCGGUGCGCAAGAUGUUGUUGAGUUCCUAAGCCAGAUCCAGAUCAACGGCGAGAGCGGCCUUCAAGUUGUUUUGGCCAAGUGGCUCGAAAACUCCGUCAACUUUGCCGGCUACGAUGAGAUUAGACAAAACGUCAUUGCGUUGUCGAAGCUUUACUCGCUCAACGACCCUCGAGUAGCACAAACCUCGGUCAAGGGCGAUCUAAUUGUCGGCGCUGACGACGGAAUGAUCAAGACCCGAUCCCGCGCCAAGAAGAACCCCGACAAGUACACCAUCAUUCCUGCGACUCUCAAGAUUGUCAAGGUCUUGAUCGAGGAGCUCCUGUCCGCCUCGGGCGCCCGAGCUGCUGCGAACGCCGCCUCUGCCGCUGUCACCACUUCUGCAGAGUUCGAUGACGAAGACAACGAGGAGGAAGGGUGGGAAGACGAAGACGAUACGCUCGACCUCUCCCUGGGCGCGACAAAGGCCGAACUCAUGGCCUACGGCAUGGAUUCUAGCGCACGACAGCGCGACGACGAGACCCAACAAUACCUUACCGAGUUCUUCAUCCGCUGCGGCCGCGAGAACGUCGCCAACUUCCAGGAGUGGUACAACAUGCUAACAAACGACGAAAAGGCGAAGCUGAACGAGGUGGCCAAUGCUGCAAGCCAAUAG